UUCUUCUUCAUUCACUACUCUUCAUUUCUCUCAUUCACUCCUUCAUCAAACAAACAAGAAAGAGUCCAUGGCUACUCAAGCUCUUCUUUCAUCAAUGGAGGCAGGAAGGCAAUUGCUUGGAGGAAGACCUCUCCAUUCCUCUCCUUCUAGAUCCUUUUCCUCCUCUAGAAAAUCCUCUUUUCUUGUUAAAGCUUCUUCCAGUACUCCUCCUGUCAAGCAAGGAGCAGACAGACAACUAUGGUUUGCAUCAAAGCAAUCACUCACUUAUUUGGAUGGAAGUCUUCCUGGUGAUUAUGGGUUUGAUCCUCUUGGUUUAUCAGACCCAGAAGGCACUGGAGGAUUCAUUGAGCCAAGAUGGUUAGCUUAUGGCGAGGUAAUCAAUGGCAGAUAUGCCAUGCUUGGCGCCGUCGGUGCAAUUGCACCGGAAAUCUUGGGCCAAGCUGGUCUUAUACCGCCGGAGACGGCUUUACCUUGGUUCAAGACCGGUGUCAUCCCCCCGGCCGGAACCUAUAAUUACUGGGCAGACAAUUAUACAUUGUUUGUCUUUGAAAUGGCUUUGAUGGGCUUUGCCGAGCACCGGAGAUUUCAAGACUGGUAUAACCCAGGUUCAAUGGGGAAGCAGUACUUCUUGGGAUUUGAGAAGUACUUGGGAGGUUCUGGGGAUCCUGCAUACCCUGGAGGACCUUUGUUUAAUCCACUAGGGCUUGGAAAAGAUGAGAAGUCUAUGAAAGAGUUGAAGCUGAAGGAGGUGAAGAAUGGAAGACUUGCCAUGCUUGCAAUCUUGGGGUAUUUCAUUCAAGCUCUUGUCACUGGUGUGGGUCCUUACCAGAACCUCUUGGACCAUUUGGCUGACCCAAUCAACAACAAUGUCUUGACCAGUCUCAAGUUCCAUUAAUAGGGUUAGGAUUAGGGUUUCUGAUAUCAAUCUUCUUCUUCUUCUUCCUCUUCUUCUACUUCUUCAUCAUCAUCAUCAUCAGUGUUUGUAAUAUCUGAAUGUAUGUGUAUGUUCAUGUAAUCUUUGUCUUUGUAUCUUUGCAUUUAAUUAUAAUAUUAUUCUCAUUUGAGCA